GGCACUUUCCAGCAUCAAACACAUCUCCUCUUCUUAGGACUUGCUGACAACAUGAAGGUUCUUGCUCUCGUCGCUGUGUUGGUGGGCGUGGCCGCCGCCCUUCCCGGCCUCCGUCUGCGUCGCGACUCGUCUCCUCUGCGCUUCGAGCUGCCCUCCAACGCCUCGCUGGUUCUGGGUGGAAUCACCACCGGAUUCGACUGCGCCGAACUUCCCUACGGAUACUACGCCGACACCAGCAACGCCUGCGCCCUGUUCCACGUGUGUCUGCCCUACAUCGACAACGACCUCUACAUCACCCGCCACUUCUCCUUCAUGUGCGGCGAGGGCACCAUGUUCGACCAGGAACGUCUCGUGUGCGACUACCCCGAGUUUGCUCUUCCCUGCUCCGAGGCCGCCGCCUUCAGGAGGUCCAACGAGUACUUCGGCCGCGCCGACGUCAACUUCCUGGAGAAGUAAAGCCUGGGAUGAGGACGCAACAGUCGCUCUUCGAGUUUUCCUGCAAGACAUCAAAUAUGUCCAAUGAAUUCAUCAACGCCAUUUCUAUGAAAAACACUUUCAAAUAUAAUGAAAAAUCACUCUUUCAA